AUGGGUCUGCACGAAGACGAAGACCGCCAGUUUGCGGCAGAAGUUCAGGCUGUUCAGAACUGGUGGAAGGAUUCUCGGUGGCGCUACACCAAGCGGCCUUUCACAGCCGAGCAGAUUGUGGCCAAGCGUGGUAACUUGAAGAUCGAUUAUCCAUCCAAUGUGCAAGCGAAGAAGCUCUGGAAAAUUGUUGAGUCAAAUUUCCAGAACAAGCAGGCCAGCUUUACCUACGGCUGCCUCGAGCCUACCAUGAUCACUCAAAUGUGCAAGUUCCUCGAUACUAUCUACGUCUCUGGUUGGCAAAGUUCGUCUACCGCUUCCUCUACCGACGAGCCAUCACCCGAUUUGGCGGAUUACCCCAUGGACACUGUUCCUCGCAAGGUCAACCAAUUGUUCAUGGCACAGCUCUUCCAUGACCGGAAACAGCGCGAGGAGCGUAUCACCACUCCCGCUGGCCAGCGUGUAAACGUCGCGAACGUCGACUACCUGCGACCCAUCAUUGCCGAUGCCGACACCGGUCACGGUGGUCUGACUGCCGUUAUGAAGCUGACCAAGCUGUUCGUUGAGCGCGGUGCCGCCGGUAUUCACAUCGAAGACCAGGCCCCCGGCACGAAGAAGUGCGGUCACAUGGCCGGCAAGGUUCUCGUCCCUAUCAGCGAGCACAUCAAUCGCCUGGUGGCCAUCCGUGCUCAGGCAGACAUCAUGGGCUCUGAUCUUCUGGCCAUUGCCCGUACCGACUCUGAAGCCGCCACCCUCAUCACAUCUACUAUUGAUCACCGUGACCACGCCUUCAUCGUGGGCUCAACCAACCCUAGUAUCCAGCCUCUCAACGACCUGAUGGUCGCUGCCGAGCAAUCUGGCAAGAACGGCGCCGAGCUGCAGGCUAUUGAAGACCAGUGGACCAGCCAGGCCGGCCUCAAACUCUUCAACGAGGCUGUGAUCGACGCCAUCAACAGCGGCGACCAUGCCAACAAGAAGGAUCUCGUUGCUCGAUACCUCACUGCCGUCAAGGGCAAGAGCAACAACGAAUCCCGCGCGAUUGCCAAGAGCAUCACCGGAGUCGACGUCUUCUGGAACUGGGAUUCCCCCGCACCCGGCGGCACCCAAUGCGCGGUCAACCGCGCCAUCGCAUACGCACCCUUCGCCGAUCUCAUCUGGAUGGAGAGCAAGUUGCCCGACUACAAUCAAGCCAAGGAAUUCGCCGAUGGCGUGCAUGCCGUGUGGCCCGAGCAGAAACUUGCGUACAACCUGUCGCCUUCGUUCAAUUGGAAGAAGGCCAUGCCUCGCGACGAGCAAGAAACGUACAUCAAGCGUCUUGGUGAACUCGGAUACUCGUGGCAGUUCAUCACCCUGGCGGGUCUGCAUACUACUGCGCUGAUCUCGCACCAGUUUGCCAAGGCGUAUGCGCAGAAUGGUAUGCGCGCUUAUGGCGAACUUGUCCAGGAGCCGGAGAUGGAGCAAGGCGUUGAUGUCGUUACGCACCAGAAGUGGAGUGGUGCUAACUAUGUUGAUAAUCUGUUGAAGAUGGUCUCUGGUGGUGUUAGUAGUACUGCUGCUAUGGGUAAAGGUGUGACUGAGGAUCAGUUUAAGAACUGA